AUGCCAGGCGUUCCGUCCAGCCGCGGCUGCGAUGCCUGCCGGCAAACAAAGAAAAAGUGCGACCAACUGACUCCCUCCUGUUCACGAUGUGCUCGACGCGGCUUACCCUGCAUUGGGAGUGGUCAACGCCGUUACAAGUUCAUGUCCACGCCGGAUCAAUUUCCUUUUAAUGCCAAAGGAAUCCUUGCGCAUGGAGCCCAGGCCCAAACCGAAUCAUCCGUCAUGAAGCUGUCCCCCAGGCUCCCGCCCAGCCGGACGAUGCAAGAUGCGAGCAACCUUGUCUCGGCCCUACAAGUAACCGAUGUUCGCUUCGAGCUUGGCAUCUACGGCCCGUUCUUCGCAGAAAUCCCCCGUCGUCUAGGGAGGAGCGAGGCCCUCGACGCGUCGGUUAGAGCCCUGACGACGGCCUAUCCCUCGGUGCAUAGUCGCCGGUUCACGUCCGAUAUGUACAGGUCGUAUGGAGAGGCGCUGCGGCACCUGCGCAGAGCACUCGGCGAUCCGGCGAGGGCCACGUCCGUCGAGACUCUCUGCGCUGUGUAUCUCGUCAUGAUUUGUCAAGGCUGGAUUGGUAGGGGGGCAGACUUCGUUCCCAGCCACGGCGAGGCCAUGGCCCACCUGCUGAAUGCCGCCGUCGCAAGGCAGGAUUGGCAGGGUCAGUUCGAAGCCGAGGUGGCAAAUACGCUUCUUGUAAUCGUCCUCCUCGAGAGCUUCGGAAAUUCCAAGAUAAAGCUCGAUCCUCGCCUGUGGACAACCUCGGGCCCUCCCGCCAUUGCGAGGCCGGCUCGACCGCCUACAAACGGAGCUCCUGAAAUCGAGUGUCUUCGAGUCUCGUCCCUCGCCGCCAUUUCCGGUUAUACUCGGGACAUCCAAGGCAGUCUUCCGGCCAUCAUCUCCACCUACCAAGCCCUGCAGACCGACCUCGCCAACAUGAAGGCGCUGUUAUCCGGCAUGUCGGCAGUGGAGCUCACGCUCGCGCAGAGACGGAUCCACGUUCGUCGCCUAACCGGCUACGGAACGUUACUCCUGCUGGGCAUGAUGGCCAACUGGGCACUGAGCGUCUAUGGAAUCGGCGACCCCCGCGCUCUUGAGCUCGAGCGGGCCAUGCUCGUGGACGAAGUGGUGGAGCUCGCUCAGCAGGCGGCCCAGUAUCGCCCGCUGGGAUCGGGCGCCGUGCCGGGAUUCAUCAUGGCGGCUAAGGCAAUGACGAGUGAUGUGGGCAAGUUGGAACGCAUGCAGGAACUGUUGCUGGAGUAUCAGUCUGACUUCCCCCUGUCGAACUGGGCACCUGGUUGAGGGACUGGCUAUGGACUCGCUGACUCGUUGAGAGUUUUGGCUGCCUGUAUAUACCGCAGUGCUGGAAUUGUUCCGUAAUCUCGGGUGAGGACCAACGUUGUUGAGGAAGUCUAGACAAUGCGAUGUGCCAGGUAAAGAUGCCCAUCUCUGACAUUGAUACAGAGGCUUAUACUACACGCAAACCCAGCGCCUUGCACUGGAUGUGCCAGAAG